CGCACCACCUGUGUCACGACGUCCACAUUCAUCAUCUUCAUCUUUGGAAAUGACGGAACUCUUGUAUGUACCAUGAAUACAAAUUGUCUGAGAUACCAGUGCAACCAGUUUAGCAUCUCCAAUCGCCAAAGCUAUCAUCUAGCUGUCUGGUGACCAUAGCACUACAGCCAUUUACGCGCCUUUCCCAAUCGCUUGAAAGCAUAUAGUCUACUAUCCGAUUUCCUCGCUUCACACUUCACCACCCACAUAUUCUUCUUCACCAACCUUCCUCAACCGUACCGUCUUGUUGCUCUUAACUAAGGCUCGUACCUAGUUUUAGUUGCAAGAUAUCGAUAGCAUCUAUGCACUACAAUUAGCUUCUCCGUCCUAGCAAUCAGAAGCCAUGUCGUUCUUUGGCUUUGACACCACUUUGCCCCGCGAUCGCAAAGUCGUUCCGGGUUUCAGCAGCCAGCAUGAUGCGUUUGCAGGCCUCGAAGGCGGGGCAGCAGAUGAUAACGCGCUCGAAUUCGAGGACACUUAUGACGGCCUCGGCGAUCAGUUGAGCGACGCCGACGAUGCCCUCAACGACGACACAUUCGGAGAGCAGCCGGCGACUCAGGCUGGUGUGGGAAGAGAUUUUGACUUCGCAUCCCGGACGGCUAGAGUCGCAGAUGCCAUGCAGGAGGAGCAGAUGAUCUACCAUGCCCGCCAUGGCAUCAAUAAGCCGCAGGCACCACCGCCAGUACAGUACCAGCCAGCCAAGACAGGAUACGAGAACUAUGCGGAUGCUUCAUACAUUCCGCGCCUUGAAGCUGAUGCUGCUCUCUGGGGGAUUCCGCCGAAAGCAGCCGAAGCGCCAAGGGAGCAACCUGGCCCUGCAGCCGCCAGGAAGAUGAUGAGCUUAGAGGAGGUGGAGGCAAUGAUGAGACAACAAUCGGUUCACACAACUCAGCAGCCCGCCCCUCAGUCUAUUGCACCCGAGCCGGUUCCUCACCAUCAGCAACAGUUCCAGCCGCCUGGCCCGCCGCCGCCGCAGUUCUCUGGUCCUCCACAAGUCCUUCAACGGCCGCAUCCACAGCAGCCAGGUUUCCUGCCCCCAAUCCAGCAGGCCAUUCCUCAUGAUGCUCGUAGUUUCCAUGAGCGUCCUCCCAUGCAGGCAGAACUGCCAGGGCAGGGUGUCCAGCAUCCCCAGAUCCUUCAGCGACCGAAACAGGCACCGGAACCCAGCAAUCAGAGACAACAACCCCGUCAGCGUCCUCCGCCGCAGCAGGCCAGAGCGUCUCCACAACCGCGCCAGAUCCUCCAGAACCCCAACCGACUUUCGGGUCAGGGCCAACCAGUCCAACAGCCACGCCCAAGCGACGCGGCUGGGCAGCGGGUCCCAACUGGACCGGCUCAUCAACGAGGUCCUUCAUACAGCGGGCCUAUCAUUACCAAUCCUCAGCAGAUACUCCAACUGUCCGACGAAGAGCGAAAGGCAUACCUUAUUGAGGAAGCCAAACGAGCGAAGCGAAAUCACAAGAUCCAUAUGUUGUCGAAAGAUAACGGUCUCAUGACGCCACAAGACAAGAACUUCAUCACUAGGAUCCAACUUCAGCAGUUGAUGGCUUCUAUUGGUAACCUCGACGAGGCUGGAUCUCCGGAAGCUAUCAUCUCGGACGACUUUUACUACCAAGUAUAUGCUCAGAUCCGCGGUGCCGCGCGUGCUCAUCCGGGACAGCCUGCCUCGCAGUUUGCCCAAACCUACCUCUUCCAGACCGGCGGGCGGUACGGUUUCGGGCGAAGGGGUCGCCAGGGAAAUGCCGAUAAUCAUAUCCAGCGAAUGGAGCAGCAAGUGGCGAGGGCGGUGGAAGCCGCAAAAGCGAAGCCCAAAAACAAGCAACUUGUGAUUGAAGGAAGUCUGGGAAAGAUCAGCUUCUCCAAUGCCAAGACCCCCAAACCUCUCCUCAACAUCAAGCCAGCAGCUUUGCAUCACGCUGAAGCACGUCCAGGCAGUGCACAGGGCGGGAAGGAUCCGCACGGAAGUGUGAAGGACGAGGCUACUGAACGUCGUAAGGUCCUGAAGGAUCUUGAAACCGUCUAUGAAACCCUGAUGGCGAUGGAGGAUCACGAUCGCCGGAUGCCACCACCAUUAACCGAGGAGAGCUCUGCGGAUCUGAUCCAAGCGAUGAUGGAAUGGCGGCAUAGGUUGGGACAGUUGAACAAAAAGUUGUGGAAUGGCCUGAGAGUCAUGGAACCUAUUGUUCCUGGCUCACCCAUUCCCCACCCAUUUAUCCUGCUUGUUAACCACGGCAAGGGCAUGAAAGCAUUGGGCCGCGUCUUCCGUCACAUCGACGACAACCAACGCCUCACCAUCACGACCCUCACCCUCAUCAACCUCGAUCACCUCCGCGUCAUCCAACACGGCGUCCCUCCCCCCAACAGCACCACCCUCCCCCAACCCAUCAAAGAUGAAAUCGACCUUUUCACCGCCACCAUUAACCCCCUCCUCUUCGCCGUCUUCCACGACUCCCCCCUUAAUGUUGUCGUCGGACUCCUCGGCCUCAUCGUCGAGCGCACCACCAUCCCCUGGCUCGCCCGCACCAAGAUCGGCACCUCCAUCCUUACCCUCCUCGUCUCCCGCGCCGAAGUCCUCCGCGAAGCCCUCGUCGCCCAGCAGGCCGCGCAGAUGCUCCCCGCCGAGUCCCUCGAACAGCAGCUCCCCGACCUCGCCGCGUACCGGGACACGUACACGAAGCUGUUCGCCGCGCUGGAGCCGGCGCUGCCGUUCCUUUUCGGCGGGUUCGGUCACCCGGCGAAGACCGAGACAGGCGACGACGUCCAUGUGUGGCAGUUCCUGGCGUGCAUCGGGGCGGCGGCGGAUCCGGGGCAGCAGCAGCGGUUAGUACUGGGGGUGAAGGAUCGGGUGAUGGAAACGGUGGGGGUAGCGAGAAGCUUGCCUGGGGAAGAAGGGGAGAAGCGGUUGCACAAGGUCAAUCUGUUCAUGAGGGGAUUGGGGUUGGAUGUGGAGUUGUUGUCGUAGUAUUUUCUUUCUGUUAUUUGCAUUGGCGUAGCAUGAUUGUUAUCGUCAAUGCCUGGGAAAAAGCUGUGUGGAAGGAUAGGGAUGAUCACCAAAUUCAUUCAGAUAUGGUUUCGAAUUUCACGCAGGCUGCGCAUCAAGGAGUAGGUACGCAGUUUGUGAGCCGCCCUAGGAUAGAUUCUACAAGAAAGGGACAAUCCAUCAAUGACAAACAUCGAUACUAUACCUUAUGCCUCUGAAGCAGGUUCGAGCACUUUGACACCUGAAAGGGCUCGU